UUUUUUUUUUUUACUUUUUACAAAUGUCGCUGCCAUUAUCAUCAUACAGAUUCUUUUGGACUUUUUUCAUUGUAUUCGGUAUUCUGACUCUUUGCACGGAAGCCAUAGACGAUGGACCUUAUCCUCCUGCUGGUAAUGUUUUAGGACGAACUUUACAUAAACCUGCCAAGUGUGAUAGAAAGUUCGGUAUCAAUGCUAGAAUCAAGUUACAUUAUACCGCUAGAAAAUGGAAUACAGAAACUCAUUUUUACAACUCUUAUGAUACUGGAACGCCUUUGAGUUAUAAAAUUGGUUCAGAUAAAUUGUUGAAAGGAAUGGAACAAGGACUUCAAGGUAUGUGUGAACAUGAACUUCGUCGACUUUUGAUACCAGCAGAUCUUGCGUAUGGUGAAUUAGGCAUUCCUGAUGUUCUUGAACCCAAUACACCUAUCAUUAUGGAUGUAGAAUUACUAGAAGUUCAAUCUCCUUUUAGCAACCCUUGGUUUUGGGCUGGUGCAUUUGUGUUGGGUGCUGCCUUUUUUAUUUUACGACAACAAGCAAGAUUGGAACAACAGGCAAAAGCUGCUACUUUUCUGGAAAAGAAGGAUCAAUGACGGAAGUUUGAUAAAUAGAUCUAUUUGUAUUUUUUUUUCUGUGAUUUGAUAUCGCAUUUUUUUUUAUUCUGAUGUAUUUUUUUUUAUAUAUUCAAUUCAGUAAACAAUGUAUCAUAAUACAAUAUAAAUAAAUGCGCA